AUGACUCCUCCAACCGCAGUCGAAUCCACUAUCAAUUUCCAUGGUCACCCAACCAUCAAGACUACCCAAGAUCCUUUGGUCAAGCAAUUGUCCUUGAAUCCUGAGGUGAUCAUUCGUCACAACGCUCCUCCACCUACCUUAUACGAAGACGGUUUGUUGGAAAAGGGUACCACCAUCUCUUCCACCGGUGCCUUGAUGGCCUACUCCGGUAAGAAGACUGGUAGAUCUCCAAAGGACAAGAGAAUUGUCGACGAAGAAACCUCCAGCCAAAACAUUUGGUGGGGUCCUGUCAACAAGCAGGUCGAUGAGUUGACCUGGAAGAUCUCCAGAUCCCGUGCUUUGGACUACUUGAGAACCAGAGAAAAGUUGUUCGUUGUUGACGCCUACGCCGGCUGGGACCCAAGAUACAGAAUCAAGGUUAGAAUCAUCUGUGGUAGAGCCUACCACGCCUUGUUCAUGACCAACAUGUUGAUCAGACCUACUGCUGAAGAGUUGGCCAACUUCGGUGAGCCAGACUUCACCAUCUACAACGCUGGUAAGUUCCCAGCCAACGUCCACACCAAGGGUAUGACCUCCUCUACCUCUGUUGAAAUCAACUUCAAGGAUAUGGAGAUGGUUAUCUUGGGUACCGAGUACGCUGGUGAAAUGAAGAAGGGUAUUUUCACCGUCAUGUUCUACUUGAUGCCUAUCAAGCACCAAGUCUUGACCUUGCACUCCUCUUGUAACCAAGGUACCGAAAAGGGAGACGUUACCCUCUUCUUCGGUUUGUCUGGUACUGGUAAGACCACCUUGUCUGCCGAUCCAAACAGAAAGUUGAUUGGUGACGACGAGCACUGUUGGUCUGACAACGGUGUCUUCAACAUCGAAGGUGGCUGUUACGCCAAGUGUUUGGACUUGUCUGCCGAAAAGGAGCCAGAAAUCUUCAACUCCAUCAAGUUCGGAGCCAUCUUGGAAAACGUCGUCUACGACCAAGCCACCAAGUUGGUUGACUACAACGACUCCACCAUCACCGAGAACACCAGAUGUGCAUACCCAAUUGACUUCAUCCCAUCUGCCAAGAUCCCAUGUUUGGCUGACACCCACCCAACCAACAUCAUCUUGUUGACCUGUGACGCUUCUGGUGUGUUACCACCAGUCUCCAAGUUGUCCAACGCACAAGUCAUGUACCACUUUAUUUCCGGUUACACCUCCAAGAUGGCUGGUACCGAAGAAGGUGUUACUGAACCACAAGCCACCUUCUCUGCUUGUUUCGGUCAACCAUUCUUGGUUUUGCACCCAAUGAAGUACGCUCAGCAAUUGUCUGACAAGAUCUCGCAACACAACGCCAACGCCUGGUUGUUGAACACCGGUUGGGUCGGAGCUUCUGCUGCCAGAGGCGGUAAGAGAUGUUCCUUGAAGUACACCAGAGCCAUCUUGGAUGCUAUCCACUCUGGUGAAUUGAGCAAGGUUCAAUACGAAAACUUCCCAACCUUCAACUUGAGUGUUCCAACCUCUUGCCCAGGUGUUCCAUCUGAAAUCUUGAACCCAACCAAGGCCUGGACUGAAGGUGUUGACUCGUUCAACAACGAAAUCAAGUCCUUGGCUGGCAAGUUCAGUGAAAACUUCAAGAAGUACUCUGACCAAGCCACCAGUGAAGUUCAAGCUGCUGGACCAGACGCUUAA